AUGGCCUUCAAGGUGUCGCCCGUGGCAAUCCUCGAGCUCGCGGCGCUCGAGGAGGAGGCGGCGGCGGCGGCGGCGGAGGCCCCAGCCUUCGCGGCACUCGUCGCGGCGGUGGCCGCCGGGGGCGUCACGCGGCGCAUCGCCGACAACAUCGCCACCUACGACCUGUCGUCGCUGCGCGGCGGCGUGUCGUCGCUGCGCGCCGCGGUCGACGGCGCGGCGGCGGUCGCAGCGCCGCGCGCGCCUGUCGAUGCGGACGCGGUGCUCGGUCGGCCGCCGCCGCGGCCCGGGCUUAUGUCGCUCGCCGAGGCGUGCGGCGCGCUCCUGGGCCUGCGCGUCGCGCUCGUCGCCUGCGUCGACGGCGCGCGCGACGGGUCGGACGCGCCGACCGCGCCGGCGGGCGCCGCCGGCGGGCUCGCGCGCAUCGAGGCCGCGCGCACCGCGCGCCUCCGCGCGCUCGCAUCGCUCCGGCGGCUCCCGCGGGCCGCGGCCGAGGAGGUCGACUGCGCGCGGGCCUUCCUCGACGAGCGCUGGGUCGCGGCGGACCUGCGGCAGACCAUGGAGGGCUGCCUCGAGGACGCGCCGCUCCCGUUCCCGAGCGCCGCGGCGCGCGCGGAGCUCGGCGCGCACGCGGCGUUCCGCGCGGCCGAGGCCGACGUCACCGCGCGCGCGGCGCUCCGCGCGUCCGGCGGGCGCCUCGAGCUCGCGUUCCUCCGCUUCCGGCGCCUCGAGCGCGACGGCGCGGCGACCGCGGCGACCGCGGCGCUCGCGGCGCUCUGCCGGCGCCACGCGGCGCUCUGCCGCGCCGUCGCGCUCUCCGACUGGGCGGCCGUGCGGCUCUACGACGAGGUGCUCGUGCGGUCGGCGACGGUGUCGGACUUGCCCGACGACGGGCCGCUCCGGCGCCUCGAGGCCGCCGACGACGGCGGCGACGGCGCCGCGCGCGCCGCGGUCCGCGACCGCCGCGUCGUCGCGCGCUGCGUCGUCGCGCUGCGCCGCGCGGCCGCACGCGGCGCCUGGGAGGCGAGCGACGACCCGGCCGACGUCUCCGUCGCCGACGCGCUCCACGCGCUCCUCGAGGGCGCGCCGGACGCGCUCGGCGCCGCGAGCCGCGCGGUCGCGACGCUGCCCGCGGAGCUCAAGCGCGCCGAAGACGAGCUCGCGCGGCGCGCGGGCCUCCGGCGCCUCGCGGCGGAUCGAGCGGCCGUCGCGCUCCGCGCGCGCGGGCCGGGCGAGGCCUACCUCCCCGGCGUCGGCGACGGCGGCGGCCGCGCCUUCGGCGCCGGCGCCCGCGCGGACCGCUGGUGGGACGUCGACGCGCUGCCGCCGCGCGAGCGCGCGGGCCUCGGCUACGACGCCGCGGGCGCCGCGGACGCGCUCGCGCUGCGGCUCGGCGACCCGGUCCUCGGCGCGCUCGCCGCGCGCGAGCGAGACCUGCUCCGCUACGCCUACGCCGAGUUCCGCGACGUCGCGGGCCUCGACGGCGCCGGCGCGGCCGAGGCCGCGGCCGCGGGCGCGACGCGCGCGGGCGCGGGCCAGCUCCGCGAGGCGCGCGCGUUCGCGCGCGAGCUCCGCUUCUUCGACUGCGCGCGCGCGUGGGACGCGGCGACGCGCGGCCUCCGCGGCGAGCGGAGCGCGUGGCUCCUCGGCGGCGGCGACGGCGACCCGCGAGACGGCGGCGAUGGGGAUCCGACCCGUCUAGAUCUCCGCGCGUUGAAAUCCGGCCCCCUCGUCGACGGCCUCGCGCGGCUCGCGCGGCUCCUCGAGGCCGACGGCGCCGCGGGCGCGUCCUGGGACGGCGCCGACGACGACGACGACGACGACGGUGCCGGCACCCCGCCCCUCCGGCGGCUCCAGCGGCUUCGCGUCGCCCGCCGCGUCGUCUCGGACCUCCGCGGCGCGCUCGCGGCCGUCGGCGACGAGGACGCGGCUCUCGCGGGCGCCGGCGCCGCCGCCGCGGCGGCCUACUGCGGCGCGACGAGCGCCGGCGUCGGGCGCCUCGUCGCCGCCGCGCGGUCCGCGCUCGCCGCGCUCCGCCACGAGGCCGCGCGCGUCGACGACGCGCACCGCUACAAGUUCCUGAACCGCGGCGCGGGCGCGGCGCAGUUCGCCGUCGAGCGCGAGGCGCGGCGCCUCCUGGCGCCGGCGCUGCACGCCGCCUGCGCGGCGAUCUGCGGCGGGACCCCGCCCGCGGGCGCGGCGCUCGCGGACGCCGCGCGAGCGCUCCGCGGAGCGCGCUCCGCGGCGCGCGCGGCGCUCGCGGACCUGAGCCUCGGACCCUGGCGGACGCGCUACACCGAGCGGCUCCUCCUCAGUGCGCGGGCCCUCGCGGCGGCCCUCGACGGCUGCCGCGCGGCCGAGGCCGCCGUCGCGUGCCUCCGGCGCGGCUCGCGCGAGCCCGCGGUGCCCGACGACUCGGCGCCGCCGCCCGGCGCGGCCGCGCGGAGCGACGGCUACCUCGCGGCGCCCGGCGGCGCCACCGGCGCCGUCCGGGCCGGCGCGCCGGGCGCGCCGCCCGCGCCCGCGCCCGCGCGCGACGCGUUCGCGGACGACGAAGAAGGCGGCGGCGAGGCGCCCGGCGCGCUCGUCGGCGCGGCGCGCGCGGCCUGGGCCGCGCGCGCCGCGGCGGCCGACGCGCUCGCCGCCGUCCGGGCUGCGUGCUCGUGCCGCCGCGGCGUCGCCGGCGCGCCCGAGGCCGCGGCCGUGUCCGGCGCGCAGGUCGGCAUGGUCGUCGGCGCCGUGAAGCGCGCGGGCGAGGCCCUCGAGGCCCUCGCGGUGGCCGCGCCCGGCGGCGCGGUCGCGAACGUCAACGGCUACGACGUCUCCAGGGUCCGCCUGCUCCUCGCGGCCGCGUCGGCGCUCCGCGCGCUCCGCGCGAUGUGCGUCGCGGCGCACCUCCGGCGCGGCGCCGCGCGCGAGAACUUGGACCAUGGCCGCGCGCUCGCCGCCAUGGCCGAGGUCUUCGCGGGCUUCCGCGCGGGCCGCGUCGGCGCGCGUGACGGGGGCGGCGCCUGCCCCGUCGCCAACUGCGCGGCCCUUCCGGCGCGGCCCGCCGACGGCCGCCGCGUCGGCGGCGACGGCGACGUCCCGCCGGCGGCCGCGCGGCCGCCGUGGACGGCCUUCUCGCGCGACGGCGCGCGUGCCGUCGGCGGGGCGCUCGCCGUCGGCGGCGCGCGGAGUGUCCGCGUGAGCGUGCGCCUGUGCACGGCCUUCUCGCCCGACGACGCGGCGCUCGUGCUCGCACGCUACGACGAGCGGCCCCACGACCGCGACGAGGUCGAGGGCCCUGGCGACGGCCGCCUCCGCGUCGCCCGCGGUCUCGCCGAGGUCGCGCGCGAGGUCCGCCUCGCGCGCGUCGCGCUCGAGGACCGGCGCGUCCGCGCGAGCCUCGGCCGCGCGCUCGACUGCGACACGGGCCGGUGCGACGCGGCCUACUUCCACGCCGAGUCGCCGCGCGCGGACGUGGGCCCCGCGCUCCUCGCGCGCGUCGUCGCGGCCGCGGCCGCGCGGCCGACGUCCGCGUCCGCGAUCGCCGGCCGCCACGGCCUCCGCGUCUCCGGCCGCGACGCGCGACUCCUCGCGCGGACCUUCCGCGGCGACGCGGCCGACGAAGACCAGCGCGAGCUGCGCCUCGACGCUGACUACGGCGGCGGCGACGCCGAGUACGCGCGCUUGCAAGGCGUCGCGCGGGCCGCCGUCGCGCUCGACGGCGAGUGGCACUGGGCGCCCCGCCGCGCGAGCCGGGACCGCGGCGCGGCGUGGCCCGGCGACUGCGCCGGCGGCGCCGGGCCGCACCACGCGCAGCUCUCACCCCUCGCCUUCGCCCUGCUCCAGCAGGCGCGGCUCCUCGUCUGCGUCCGCGCCGCGCUCUACGCGGGGCCGACGGGCGCGGCCAUCCUCGACGCGCUCCACGGCCCUGACGGCGCGCGCGAGGUCGCGCGCUUCGCCGGCGGCUCCGUCCACGACCGCCUCGUCGACACGGGCGCGCUCGCAGACCGGCUCUGGGUCGACGCGCGCGCCGCGGCCGUCGAGGCCGCGGCCGCGGGGCCCGACGCGGCGGGCGCCGCCGUCGCCGUGGAGAUUCGCGCGGACGCGCCCGGCGCGACGCAGCUCGCGCGCGACUCGGCGCUCGCGCCGACGCUUGCGUCGCUCGGCCGGCUUCGGCGCCGCCACCCCGCGGCCGCGCUCGAGCUCGCCUACGCGGCCCUGAGCCUCCACUUCAUCCAGUUCUGCGCCGCGGCGCGGGGCGCGCUCGCCGCCAUGCGCCUGGCGGGGCCCGUCGGGUCGCCCGGUGCGCGCGCGCUAGACGCCGGCGCCGCGGACCGCGUCCUCGCGGAGGCCUGGGACGGCGCCGCGGGCCUCGGCCUCCGAACGCUUCCCUGCGCGGCGCACGUCGCGGCGACGCUCCGGGCCUGCGCCGACGCGCGGCGGCGCCUCGCGCGCCGCGAGUGGCGCGCGGGCGCCGCAGCCGCGGCGGGGCUCGCCGCCGCCGCCGCCGAGCUCCUCGCGGCGCCCUGGCGCAUGCAGGAGUACGAGCACGCUUACGUCGAGCUCGUCGCGGACGACGCCGCGAGGCUCAGCGCCGAGUUCGAGCACCAUCGAGUCCUCGCGGGACUCCGCGCGAGCUGCGCGGCCGCGGCCUUCUCGUCGGGCGCGGGCGGCGCGCACGACGCCGCCGAAGACUUCGCCGCGCCGUGCCUCGUCGAGGACCCCGUCGCGGCGGACUUUGAGUACCUCUGGGAUUCGCAGGACCCGGGCGUCGCCGCGUGGCGCGCGCGCGGCGGCCCCGGCGUCCCGCGCGGCGCGCCCUGGCCCGCCGUGCCCUUCCUCGAGCCCGGCGGCGCGUCGCCCUGGGCGCUGGACGCGGACGCGCCGUCGAUCGUCGAGGACCGCGCGUGGCGGCGCCAGCUCGUCGCGCUGCGCGGCGCACUCGCCGCCGCGCGAGCGCAGCGUCACCGGCUCCCGCGGGACGCGCGCGCCGCGUACGCGACGGCCGCCGCGUGCCUCGCGCUCCACUGCGCGCUUCGCCUCCGAGACUGGCGCGCGGUCAAGGCGGCCCUCGCGCUGCGCCUCCGCGACGGGGGCCUCGACCACGGCCUCCUCGGGCCCCAGACGCGGCUCGCGCGGUCCCUCGCGGACCGCCACGACGCGGCGGAGCUCCUCGCGGCCGCGCUCGCGGACGGCCGGCCGGAGACGCGGCCGCCCGCCGACGCCGCGGACCUCGGCGCGGCCCUCGACCUCGGCCGCGGCGACGGCGCCCGCGCGCGCGCGCUCUGGCGCGAGACGACGCUCGUCUGCGCGCGCGUGGACGUCGUGCGCCUCGGCGCCGCGCUCCGCGUCGCGCGCCGCGCGCGGCCCGCGGCGCGCGGGCCCCGCGAGGCGGCCCUCGUCGCGGCCGCCGAGCUCGCGCUCGCCUGGCGCACGAUUCUCGCGCGCCUCGACGGCCCGGCCGCGGCGGCCGCGCCGCCGCUGCCACGCGUCGGCCGCGUGCUCGCGGCCGUGUCGCACUUUGAGGCCGCGGCGCUCUACACGCACUGCCUCGUCGAGCACGGCGAGGUCCGGGCCGCCGUCGCCUACGACGCGGCCGUCCGCACCGUCGUCGCCAAGAGCCGGGCACCUUGGCGUCGCGACGCGCUCGAGCGCCUCCGGGACGCGCUCCAGGACCCCGGCGCCGCGUCGCACGUCGCCGACGAGCGCCACAACGACUUCUCCCGCGUCGACCUCGCGGGCCUCGACGACGCGCUCCACCAAGCGAGGGCCGUCGAGCGCAAGUCGCCCGAGCUCGACGCCGCGAUCGCGAGCGCUAUGGCCGUCCGCGACAAGCGCGCCGAGCUCAAGCGGCGCUUCGCCAAAAGCUGAGGGGAAUGUGGGUGAGCGUGCAGCAAGCUGGUCCCCGGGUCAAUUGAGGCGCCAUCGUAUAGACCGUGUCC